AUGGCGACUCUCGACUCCUUGAAAUACGCCCUUAGGCAGAAGGCUAUGGGAAUUGACUCGAGGAGACCACUCACAGAAAAGGAGUACAAUGCUGGCUUCAGAAUCUUGAUGCGGGGAGAAUGGAUUUCGUAUCGGGAAUUCAUCGUUCCUCAACUAUCUCGUCUACUCGCAACACUUGUCAACUCGCGUGGCCGUAUUUCGGUGCUAGAGAUUGGACCUGGUCCAAAAAGUGUAUUGGGGUCCCUGCCCAUAUACCUGCGGCGCAAAAUCGGGAGAUACACUGCGUUUGAGCCGAAUCUGUCAUUUGCCACGGGCAUGGAAGAAUGGCUUUCCUCUGCUUCGGAGACAGAGCCUCCACUGCCCGGGUUGGAAUGCCCACCUGAGAUUCAUCGAAUACCGUUCAUCCUAAACGGCGACCGAAGCAGUGACUCGAGCAUGCGUGAAAGUGACAAUGUUAAAAAGUUCGACAUCGUUCUUUUCUGCCACAGCAUGUACGGCAUGAAACCAAGAGCCAAGUUUAUCGAACAGGCCAUAGAAAUGGUUAAGGAACAGCCAGAAGGCGGAAUGGUGGUUGUUUUUCAUCGUGACGGGGCAUUCCGGCUUGACGGACUAGUGUGCCAUCGGACGGCCUCUUUUCCAACCGGAGCUGUUUGUGUGGCGGAUGAGAAUGACGAACUGGAUCAAUUCGCUUCCUUCAUCACGGGAUUCCUCCCGGCGGAUGUGGAGGCGGGCAAGGGGCUUCAGGCCGAAUGGCGGAAGAUGUGCCGCGCCGUGGGAAGCCGGAAAGAAGCCCACCCAGGCCAGCUUUGUUUCAGCUCGCCAGCCAUCAUGUCAGCCUUCACCACAAAUGCAGCUGCAUUAUCGGAGCUUGUGAUGCAAGUGCCGUUGUCAAAUGGGGAAAAGGUCAAGAACCGGGAGGCUCGUCUCCGCCAUCCUGCAUCCAUUGUACGGCCAACAGAUGUUCGACAAGUCCAGCUAUGCGUCCAAUGGGCUUUGAAGCAUAGGCUGAGUCUAACCAUUGUUGGCGGGAGUCACAGCGACCACUGCUUAUGGUCCAACGUCGUUGGAGUGGACAUGAGCGCCUUUGAUCAAAUCCAUAUUCUCACCACCGGGAGCGAUGAGAAAGGACACAACCCUAGUUCCAAUAGCCUGGUCGUUGCCGGAGCUGGCUGCAAGACGGAGGACAUCAUCCGCAAAACAAUGGCAGUGGGUCUGACAGUCCCCUUGGGGGCCCGCCCAAGUGUAGGCGCUGGGCUGUGGCUUCAAGGUGGCAUCGGACAUCUGGCUAGGCUUUAUGGGCUCGCGUGUGACGCCAUUGUGGGUGCUGUGGUGCUUAGCGUUGAAUCUGGCCAAGUUAUGUGCGUCGGCCAAGUACCAAAGCAACAUCGGCCGGACGGUGCUGUGGUUCAAGAAAACGACACUGAUAUGUUGUGGGCGAUCAAAGGCGCAGGGACGAACUUUGGCAUCGUAGUCAGCGUUACUUUCAAGACAGUCGUGGCCCCAACCUACUCAAUUCGAAAUUGGGUUGUUCCACUGAGUGACAAUCACGAAGCAAGGCUCAAGCUUUACAACUUUGACAGCUUGGUCGCCAAGAAUCUACCCCGAGGAUAUUCUGCAGACGCAUAUCUAUAUUGGGACGUUGAUCAGCUAUAUCUUGGCAUCACCAUGUUCGAAACUUCUACAACUAAAAUCACCACCGGGGAGCCCAUAACCACAGCCGUACGCGAGAUCUUCGGACCGGAAGACGAUUAUAGUACCAUGGAUAGUGUCGGUCUGUUCGACGCCGAAAUGUACAUCUCCAGAAUGCACGGAGGACACGGUGGAAGCAAGACGUCCUCGUUCAAGCGAUGUCUAUUCUUGAAAGAUAUCGGGGCGCCGAUUAUCGCUGAAUUAUUGAUUGGGGCCAUAGAGGCUCGCCCCACGCCACUCUGCUACCUUCAUUUAUUGCAGGGGGGCGGGGCAAUCCAGGAUGUGACAGCCGAUGCCACUGCUUUUGGUUGCCGGGACUGGGACUUUGCCUGCGUGAUAACUGGAGUAUGGCCUCGUGAUCAAGAUGGAACCGAGCUUGCACGAGUUGCCAAAGAAUGGGUGUACGACGUCGCCAAAAAUCUGUUGCCUUUAAGCAGUGGCGCUUACAGCGCAGACCUCGGGCCAGAUCCUAGAGAUACAGAACUGGCAGCUAAGGCUUUUGGACCGAAUCGAUCACGCCUACGCCGUCUCAAACAAAUAUCGGACCCGCUCAAUGUGCUGGCUCACACCUCUCCACUGCUGAACGUAACGGCGGGCCAGAAGCUCAUCAUACUAGUCACAGGUGACAUCUGUGCCGGUAAGGACUAUUGCGCUGACAUUUGGGUGUCCGUGAUUACCUCAUGCGCCCACAAAAGCCUCACGGCGCGCUCAGUGAGCAUAAGCGAUGUUACUAAGCGAGAAUAUGCGGUGGCCACCGGGGCAGACGCGAUUCGCCUGCGUCAGGAUCGUGCUUACAAAGAGCAACACCGCUCAGCGUUGACACAGUUUUUCCAGAACCAGGUGCAACAUCGACCUUGCCUGCCAGAGGAGCAUUUUUUGGAUCUGGUGAAAAAUGCAGCGGAUGUGAACGUGCUGUUUAUCACGGGGAUGAGAGACGAGGCGCCGGUUGCAACCUUCUCACAUUUGGUUCCAGACAGCAGACUAGUCGAGGUUCGCGUCAGAGCCAGCGAGGAGAUGCGGUACAAUCUUCGAGGGUACCGUGCUGAUGGUCACUCUCAUGUACAUGAUGAACCCAAUCCUCAUGCCAGGUCCAAGCUGGCGGCAUUUGACCACUGUCCCAGCCUCGUCUUCGACAAUGACAAGAUCGGGAGCGAUGCAGCAAAGGAGUUUGCCGAAAAGCACCUUCUUGCUUUCUACGCCGACGACUUCCGGCUACUCAUCGACAUGGUGCAUCCGGUGCCUGACUUUCCACGUCCGGGCAUCAGUCUCCAUCACGUGCUCAAUAUCCCCCAACAACCGGGUGGGUUGACUUUGUGCACAUCUCUACUGCAAAAUCAAUUCAGCGGAGAUUGGGCUCAAAUCAAUAAGAUAGCUUGCUGCGAGGCCGGUGGAUUUGUUUUCGCCUCGUCGUUGGCAUCGCGAGUCAAUAUACCCCUGGCGUUGAUUCGCGAAGCCGGCAAGCUUCCCCCACCUAUCAUUUCCGUCCCCAGAUUCAAAUCCCAUAUCUCGAGAUUCAAUCCUUCCAAGGGUAGCAGGAUCGAGAUAGAAUCAUUUUUGAUCCCUCAAAACUCUUCAAUUUUGGUAGUAGAUGACGUGCUCGCCACCGGACAGACGCUUUGUGCGGUGUUACGCCUUUUAGAGAGUGCUGGCGUCUGUACCCAGAACGUUAGCAUCAUGGUUGUGGCCGAGCUCCCUGUUCACCGUGGACGAGAAUUGUUGCGUCAAUCUGGAUUCGGCGGCGUCAAUAUUCAAAGCCUUUUGGUUCUCGAUGGUGCCUAA